CUCUUCUUCCUCUUCACCUUUCUCUCUCUUUCUCUCCUGUUCCUCCUCCUCCUCCUUCUUCUCUGCUAGGGUUUGGCAUCCGACAGCGGGUGAAGUUCCGACGCCGGCGGACUGAAGCUCCGACGGCACAUCCUAAAGCAUCUAAGCUUAGAGAAUCAACAAAUCAUACCCUUUUUCUCGUUUGCAAUUUCUGCAUCAACAAAUCAGUAACUAAAAAAACAAAAAAAAUGAAGGAAGAAGAAGUGAAUCGAUGCCAGAUUCAAGAAUGGUACCCGAAAUUCAAAUUCGUCUCCAUCAAAACCCUAAUUCACGAGCUUCCCCAAUCCUUUGUCGAUUACCUUCUCGACAAUUCCGGACCUUUCCUUCUUCCAAUUUCCGUUACCAACGAUGACGCCCUACCCAACCGAAUCCACAAUCCAGAUGAAGAAGAGGAUUACCAGGUUCUGGAAAAUUCUGAUGAUGAUGAGUCAGAACAGCCGCCGCCGCCGCUGUCGUUCCCAGAGCUUGAAUUGGCCGUCAAGGCAUCGAUUGAAAUCCUAGGCGGAGCCGUCUUCCCCAAGCUGAACUGGAGCGCACCGAAGGACUCGUCGUGGAUCAGCACCACCGGAACCCUAAAAUGCACGUCGUUUGUUGAGAUUGCGCUCUUGCUCCGGUCGUCGGACUCGCUCUUCCACGACCUCUGCCACGCUUACGAUUCCUGCACUGACAAGGUCUCCCCGCGUCCGCCACUGUUCUUCCUCGCACUUCGCAAGUGGUACCAGUCACUUCGGCCGGACAUGGAGUUCCGUUGCUUCGUCAAGAAUCAGAACCUGAUCGGAAUCUCCCAACGUGAGGUGACGACAUUCUACCCCGCGCUGGUGGAGAAGAAAGGAGAUAUUAGGUCUGUGAUUUGGAGAUUCUUCGUAGAGAAUGUGAGGGAUAGAUUUGAAUCGAAGAACUACACUUUCGACGUGUACGUGACCAGAGAUGAGAAAGUGAAGGUUGUGGAUUUCAAUCCGUGGUGCGGGUUUACUUUGCCAUUGAUGUUCACAUGGGAAGAGCUAGAGCAGAAUUUCGGGGAAGAAGUGGAAAUGAGGAUUGUGGAGAGUCGGCGUGAGGUUCGGCCGGGAUUGAAGACGGCGGUGCCAUACGAUUACUUGGAUACGAGCCCUGGAAGCGGGUGGGAUCAGUUUUUGAGGAAUGCCCGUCAGAGUAGGUCUUCUUCUGAAGCAGGUGCUUAGAAUUGUUGUCAAUGGUGGGGUGGGGGCGAUUAUAAAUUCUUGUGAUCUUUGGCGGGUUGAAUUCAAUGUUGUUGCUUGCAAUUUUGCUUCCAAAUUUCUUGGUGAAUUCUUGGAAUUUGUAGGUUGCGUUUUAUACCAAAAUUUUUAGGGAAACGAUUUUGUUAUCAGAAGUCAGAAAUUUUUUUACUACAAGUAAU